CUUCCUUGAAUGUGUGCACACUAUCCGUACACAGCUGCUAAAGAGUUUAGUCGAGUGCGCCCCCAAAUAAGCGUGUACUAAAGAAGUACCGCAAUAUGUGGUUCACUACGUCACUUCUCUCUAUCAUUUUCGUGAUGGUGCAGAAGUCGCUGAUGAUUAGUUUCUCCCAGGAAGACUACGAAGACAAUGACAUCAAGAAGUUUUUGAAUACGACAGAACCUAUAUGGACAUACAAUACAACCGCAGCCAAAAGACGUUUCUGCGAAGUGGUCGUCAUGUACAAUUUGACCAACGAACUGAUUCUUUUCAACCGGUCCUAUUUUAGAAGAAAGAAGAAGACUGUGAUUACGAAAGAAAUGAUGGGAAAGUUUAGUGAAGAAUUCAACGACGAGAUGUCCGUCGGCUUCAAAGAUGUCGUAGUUGUUACGCUGGAGCAAUUGUUUUAUGUUAACGAAAAUGGCACCUGCGGAAUUUUUAUGGUUAUCCCAGAAUAUAACGGUAUCUACCCUUAUUAUGAUCUCCGAGUUAAGAAUUCUUCCAUUACAACAGGCCCUGAUGCUAAUUGUACAAAGGAAUUCAGCCUGAUUGGGCCAACAGGGCGGCUUGCUUAUGAAGCCGACUGCCAGAAGGAAGUUUUCCCUCGUAACGAUACCAGUUAGGUAACAACUACUAAUAGCAACAUGUUUAACUUCAAAAAAGCACUAAUCCCGGCAUUGAUUUUUUUAUAAUGCUUGGAAGGGCUUUUAUUGAUUCGUCAACAAAAUAAAUUAGACUUCCAGAAUGUCUUAACAAUAGUUAACAUGAGCUUUUUUUUCUGCUGUAUCAUGUACAAUAAAAAAAUGGAUCAGUGGCACCAAUAAGUCCAAGCUACGGGAAA